AUGCUGUUCGCGUCGCCAUUAGUGCCGAACAAUGUCCAGCACUAUCCCCGUCCUCCAACAUACGACUUCCCAGAUCUUCCUGCCGCGGACCGCGCAUCGUUUUGGCUCCUUCCGAUUUCAAUAGCUCUUCAGCAAAUUUCCUUAGCUAUUAUCGGACCCUUACCUAAAACAUCACCUAUCCGAACCCUUCUUCCCGCAAUCGUUGUACCCGUAGUAAUCGGGAUCGGAAUACAAGCGACAUUAUUUUCCCAUCACCUGACCUCCCCCGUUGUAAACUUCGGAUACGGCACUGCAGCGAUUUCAAUUACCCUCCAAGGAAUCGAGAUCCUUUUCGUAACCCCUUGGCGGUACGAAAUCCCACUUAGCGAGAUAUUCAAGAUAGCGGAGACGCCAUGUCCUACUAUAAACCCUACAUGGAGACAAAGAUUCGAUUGGGCUGGUGCCUGUUUAAAUAACCCAAGAAUGUUGAAUACACCAUUCGAACCAACUUUAUUGAAAAAAAGAAGAGAAAAGGUGGCGGGGAUGUCAAAAGGUUGGUUUUUGGUUACGAGAUUUGCAAGGGUGGUUAUGAUUUGGGUAUUAAUCGAUUUCUUACUCGCCUGGUGUCGGUAUGAUCUUUGGUUUGGAUCGGUGACGCAUCAUAUGGCACUACCGGAUACCCUGCUUUCUGGGGCUGCAAGGACCGUGUUUGGUGGUGCGGCGAUAUGGAUGGCUGUGGAUAGCGAGCAUGCACUUUGUGCUGUCGUCUGCGUUGGCUUAUUCGGACAAGACCACAGUAAUUGGCCUGACUUAUUCGGGAUCUGGACGGAGGAGUGGUAUACCAUUGCUGAGUUUUGGGGGAUAGCAUGGCAUGGGUUAUUCCGACAGCGGUUUACAUUUUUGACGAGCACGACGAGCUCCAGGAUUCUGAGGGUUAUGAUUCCGUUCUUGUUAUCCGGGGUGUUACAUUUUGCUGGGGCGUAUAUGCAGAGUAGACAUGGAGUUGAGGCUAUGGUGUUUCUAGUGUUGCAGCCUAUAGGGAUCUUGGUGCAGCAGUGGGUUAUUGGGAGGGAAGGAGUGAAGGGGAGAGGAUGGGGGGUCAAGUUUGUGGUUUGGGUGACUACGAUGGUCUGGCUGAUUACUACUGGGUAUGUGUUUGUGGGGGCUUACGCGAAGGGGGGCAUGUUCGAUAUCGAACCCAUUCCUGUUAGUUUCUUGAGCUUGUUAGGGGCGGUUGAGGGGAAAGUAUGGAGAUAUGGUGGGGCCAUGGCGCAUUUUGGGUGGUAUUAA